GAAGGAUGCUGCUGGAUGCUCGGGUGCAUUGUGGGAAAGCCGAUGCAGACGCUCAUCUGUGCGCGAUGGCGGACGCCCAGUCGAUAAAGGGGCUCUCUUUUGUAUGUUCGCGGUAGAAAUGGAUCUUUAGCGAGGCUGCUCGCUGUGGGAACCUGUAGACAUGAAACACUGGAAAGCCCUGGUUUGGAUAUUCUGUGCCGUGCGGUGCCUGUGGGCAGCCAGUGUCGAAGUGGUGUUGGACCCUGGGGACGCAACAGGUGCUUUCUUCCUGAGCUCGCCAGACGAGCCGGGGGGCGUAGAGGCUUCGUCGGCCGAGCCUUCGAGACGCUUCGCGCUCACAUUCUCGAGCCGCAUCACAGUGGUGGCACAGUUUGGGCCAUUCUCUGUGCGCCAGACUGUGUACGCUGCCAGCCCGUUAGCCUCGGUGGGGAACCAGAGCAGCUCGUCGUCAGAUGGUCCCGAGCCCAUGGGCGAUGUGACAGCCCACCUGGUCACACCGGCACCUCGCAGGGACCAGCCGACGUUGCGCAUCCUGUUCCACACUGGAUCGGAGGUGGGUGGGCCGUCGGUGUGUGUAGCCCUCUACGCUCAGCUGGGCCCUGAGCAGCUGGUCAGUGUGUGCCAGCCGAACCGUGAUGGCGCCUGCCUGGCUGAGCUGACCCUACCGGCUGCAUGGUGGCCACCCUUGUGGGCCGCUGCGCAUAAGGCCCACCGGCCCACCAUUGCCCUCCGGUACGCCCUUGUCCGGAGCAGCGUCUCCCAGGAAUGUCAGGGUCAGUCACUGCGACUGUCGACGGCAUCGGUGCCGAGCAACAGUGCGGGCCUGUCUCUGGGGCGACUCCCACUCUCAGUGGCUCACGGCAGCUACGAGGAACUGAGUGGUGGCGACGGUGUGGUCUGCCUCCUAGUGCCCCAGGGCCCGGUCUACCCACGGUCCAAGGUGUACGUGCCACUCCUCGUGCGCCCCAAUCCGGCCUACCCACUCCACUCCUUUACAAUCAGGGCAAAGGUCAAACCUGGGCUGAGGAUUCUUCAGGUGCAGCCAACGGCCAAGCAGUCGUGGAACGUUGCAGUGGACACCAACUCCAAGCAGACGUCUGCAACUGUGACUGUCACUCGCCUAAGCGAGGACACUGCCCUGCCCGAAAGCGGGGAAGAGGUGCUCAACUGGCUCUUCGAGGUGGAGGAAGGGCUGGGCCACGAAGACGGUGGUCAGGUGACCUGGCAGCUGCGCUACCUUGACCUCCCCGGCUCGGAAAGUACGGCCACCGUGAGCAGCACCGUCGGCGAGGUCGACGACAGCAUCAAGCUCACCUCCCGGUUAGACAUCCACAAGGAUGACGUCCAGGCCGUGCUGCUUGUCGCCAAGUCAAACCAGCUGCUAAACACGGCAGUGCUGACCGGCAAACAAGUGUCGCAGCCCAUGAAGGUGUUCGUGGUGAGUCAGUCGGGACUCCUGGGCGAUGUCACACUGCAGUCCUCCUGCCACUCAGCCGACGAGUCUGUUCUCAAGGUCUCACCGUCGUGCACGUCGGUGUACCUGGAUGGCUCCGAGGUGCGGGGCUCACAGAAUGCCACCGUGCUAGUCAAGUAUGGAACGUACACGGGCCAGGCUGCCUUUCUGGUGUGGAUGCCCGAGCUUCCCCUGGACCUGCGGCUCUCGGACACCAAGCUGAGUCAGAUUCGUGCCUGGCGCACCCCGCACAGGCACAAGCGGUGUCGGAAUCCACUCCUCCAAGGGACCGUGGAUUGCCGCAACAAUUGGCUGCGCAACAAGCGACGCAUCCUUGACAAGUGGGACGAUGGCGAUGGAUCGUCGUCGGGUGGUUCGCCAGGCUCCUGUCGACUGCGCUUUCAACAGGCGCGAGUGGAGGUGCUAACACGCUUCCAGAGUGUGGACCACAACUCUGGCAGGGAGGCCUACCUCCUGGGGCGGCGCACCCAGGUGGCCGUCACUAGGCUCGUGACACCCUUCCUCCGGGUGGCCGACGCACACCUUGCCUCGCUGAGAGGCACGACUGUGCGAGGGCUGCGCGCGGGACGCACUGAGGUCCAGGUGCUGUCACCCAUCACGGGCAAGGUUCUGGGUGCGAGUGAGUUGCGGGUGAGCACGGACAAGGAGAGCCUCGUGCGCCUUGAGGUGCAGCUCGUCACGGGCCUCUCGCUUGAGGUGCUUCCCGACGAUGCUGCCGCAGGAGUCUUCGUGGCCAAGACGUCCACCAGCCAUGCACUCACCUCACUAUACCAGGAAGGCCUGUUGGACGUGACUCUGAGGUUCUCCGAUGGCACGUGGACUCCGCUAAUAGAUGUGCCAGAGUCCGACUUCAGCCUCGUCAUGGAGAGCCUGGAUCCGGGGGUGGUCGCUCUGGCACCAGUGGCAGCCUCGUCGGGCGGCAUGACAGCACGACCACGGAUCGUGGCCAUUGGCCAAGGACAGGGAAGCUUAUUGCAGCUGAGCCUGGAGCUGGGCGAAGCUUGUCAGCGGCGGCGUCGUGGUGCCCCUCUGGCCUGGGCACGUGCCAGAGUCAACGCCCGGUUCAACUCUGCCGGUGCCGGUGGUAGCCUGGAUGCAGUGCCCUACCAGGACGGUGCACGACACCUCGAGCCGUCGGUGCAGGCACACCACAACCGGGCCGCCCUCUCGGCUGAUGGAUCCCGUUCGCUCAUGGCCUCGCCGCUCGAGCUUGGCCUUUACGCCCUUCUGGGGGUGCUGGGUCUGGCCGCUGCUGUCAUGGUCACGGGCUGCACGGUGCUUGCAGUGAAAUACCAGAAGCAUGCGGACAUCAACAGCACCACCGUUGCUGUGCAACCUGCUGCCACUGCUGCUCCCCCCUCGCACCCUCGCCGCCCAGUGUCAAGCGCUCACGACUGGGUCUGGCUGGGGCGGGCCACGCUUGAACGCAGCUCCGUCAACACGCGCUGCUCCCAAGCGCUGGUGGCCCCCGAGGACCAAUCCAAGAGCCCCCCCACCUCCCUGCCUUAUCCCGCUACCACAGGCCGCAUCACCGUCGUCGACAACAACAACCCGACACAAAGCACGGGUGAGGACCUUGCCGUCACCAAAAAGGGUGGAGCCCAACCCCGCAUACGCACCAACCCCAUGCUGACGUUCACACGACCGCCCCCGGUGCCUCCACACCGAACGACGUCACGCACCAGUCCCGCCACCGAUUCGCUGCAGAAUGUGCCACUGCUGGGUCACGGUAACGGCAACGGACACCACCAAAGGGCGUUGUCUCCGCACAUUCGGAUUCAGUCACCCAGCUCCAAAAUAGCUUCGUCCGGAUCGAAGACCACUUCGCCCGACUCGAAAACAACAUCUCCCGGAUCACGGACAUCACCGGACACCAAGUCCACGUCACCGGGGGGAUCCAAGACGACCUCGCCCGAAUCCAAGUCUACGUCUCCCAGCAACAGGAGUGUGCUGCCACCCAUCUGCAAGGUUGUGAAGGCAAGGGCCAACGGGAAGGCAGUAGCGGGGAGCACCCUGGAGUGGGAGGAUGUCACCAAAGGCAUGAACUAUGACCAGCUGGUAGAAUACUUUGACUCGCUGAAGGAGUCGAGCGCCUAGAAGGCAGCGGUGAAUGCCGAGGUGCGAGUGUGAUGCAUGCACCAGCUGUUAUCGAUAUGCAACCUCACAAGAGCUGGCAAAAGGUUGCCUCAAGGCAGCGCCCUCGCGAACUCAGAGCAGUGACUUACUUACGCAUGCUGUGGAGACGGGUCGGUGUUCCUUCUGUUUGCCGCCGCACCGCCACCAGCUUGUUGCAUGGAGCUACAAUCAACCAUCCUUUGCCUCCUGUAUUGCUAAUUUUUUUCUUUUCCGUUUGCUGACUGUCAGUGCUUCUUGCGCAGCCUGCUUGCAGUGGCGGGCUCACUAAUUUCCAAGACGCGGGGUGAAGUUCUUGCAGGUCUUCUUCUGGUGGAUUUGUCUGGGCAAGCACCUUUUGUGAGAGCUGCCUUGUUUGUGCCUGAGGGUGGGGAAGUGUGUUGCUGUGUGACAGGGGUGCUGUCGGCUUCCUCCAACGAGCACACUGGGUCGCAAAAUGGGUCAGUUGAAGCCCGCAAUGCCCUUCAUGUCUUCUCGCUCCUCGGUUAUGUAACAUAGCAUUCUUUUGUGUGCCCUGCCACAUUGUUUUGCGUGACGUCAGUUUGUGUGCUUCUAUAUGCUGCCUGUUACGCUCACUGUGUUCGACAGUGUUGACCGUAUUGUGGUGCCACUGUGUUUGUGACACGUUGUGACGUUCAGUUAUUGCAGCAGUGUGAGCCUCACAGUAUCAUUCAAAGUGGUUUUUCUGCUCGUAGGCCUCAUUAUUCGACUAUGAUUUACGCUGCUGCAUGCAAACUAUUCAUAACAGAAGUACGUGGCAAUUAAAACUUACACGGAUGUAGCUGAUUGCGUAAAACCUUGCAUUUUGAUGCAGGGAACAUGAUUAAAUGCUGGGAGGCACUUUUGUUGUGAUGAUAUCUUGUAACAGCAGCCAGUUGCGCAUGAAAGCUUUCAUGGUGAUUCGAAAGCAUGUUCUUGUUUGUUGGGAAAAUGUGGAACCUAGUGUUGUUGUCACGCUUUUCACGCAGCCAGAGCUCAAACCCAGCAUACGCUUGCUGGCAUGUGUCAGCUUGCGUCUGCGUGUAUACACGCGCAUACGCAGACACCUGCACCAGUCAGAUUCGGUCACGCACUGCAUCACUUUGUCAUGCGCCUUAAGCCUUGUAAUCAAUACAUACCAAUGGAAAUACGCGACUGCGGCAUUCAUGUCGGCGCAAUGCAGACAUGCUUACUACUUCGUGAGCUGAAAUACGAUGCUGCAUGAAGGAAAACAUCUUGAAUGUUUGUUUAUAAAAUAAAAAGAAAAUUAACAUGUUCAGCACGAUCGGAAGCAUUUCAAAGAACUACGAAUAUAAAUUUUAACUGACUUCUUCCAAGACGUUUAGUGAGCUUGCUUCCUUUGUUGGUCCGGACUACUAUUUAUUGCAAGGCAUGGCUGGUACAUAGGCAUGUAUAAGUGAGCUGGUGUCCACCAAAAACUGUAUGUGGCGUUUGAGCUCAAGGGAAGUCAGCAUGCUUUUUUCAAUGAAUUUUUCUGUUCAAUUCAUAACCUCCAACUUUGUAGAAUGCAUUGCUGCUCAUUCGACACUCAUCACGGAUGCGCGCAUAACUAGUUUAGUUUUUGUGCAUGUUUUUUCUUAAGCUGUGUGCAGUGUCUGUUUGAAUGUUAAUCCUUUUGUUUACACUUUUAUGUAAUCAGAAGGCCACUGCAUAUCAUGUUGCGUGUCAUACAUUAGUCUUAUGAUUGACUGUAGCCUUAUGUAUACUAGUUUUAUUUGCACAUUUUAAAAAAAUAUUUCACACUUAUUUACACUUGCGCACCAAAGAUCUCAGGAAGACAUCAUCUGCACUUGAACUUCUCAUUUCAGCGUAAGCUGAUGAACAGCUUUGGGAAGUCUUUGGCA